CGUAAGAUUAAGCGGCAGGUCCAAGUACUAUUGUAACAGGUCAAAAUGCUUAGUGUACAAUCAGGUGUUGAAGAAAAUAUAAAGGGGAUCAGUACUGGAACAACUCUAUUUGCAUGUGAAUAUGACGGUGGUGUGGUUAUCGGUGCCGAUUCCAGGACAUCUUCUGGUACAUAUGUGGUCAAUCGUGUGACAGAUAAACUCACACAACUCACAAAGAGCAUAUACUGCUGCCGCUCUGGAUCGGCUGCUGAUACACAGACAAUUGCAGAUAUGGUUCGCUACAAGUUAGAUUUCCACCGCCUUGAAAUGGAUAGAGAACCGACUGUUUUAGAAGCCGCCAUGUCUUGUCGCCAUUUCUGCUACAACUAUAGAGAUGAUCUGACAGCAGGUAUCAUUGUUGCAGGCUGGGAUUAUGAAUUAGGUGGUCAGAUUUACUCUAUCCCGCUUGGCGGUAUGCUUGUUAGACAGCCUACAGUUAUUGGCGGCUCUGGCAGCACAUAUAUUUAUGGAUACUUCGAUCAAAACUUCCGCAAAGGGAUGACGAAAGAAGAGUGUGUUGAUUUCGUUCGAAACGGUGUUGCUCUAGCUAUCAAUAGGGAUGGUUCCAGUGGUGGGUGUAUACGUCUAGCUAUUAUUUCUAAAGAUGGUGUAGAACGGAGGCUAAUAAAAGGUGAUGAAGUUCCAGUGUAUCGUUUUUCUUAAAGCAUCAAUAAACGUUUAUGAUUGUUAAUCCUGCCUUUUAAUA